GGGGAAAGGGGGAGGGGCCCGAGCCCGGUUGCUCGGGCCGAGGCUGGAGGCGAGGCUGCUUCCGUGGCGGCGCGUGCCGGCUUCGCCUCUGCCCGGAGCUUCGCGGAGCGGCUCCCGCCCCGCGGGCAGCCUCGGGAGACCAUGGACGGCUCCUCGGGGACACCGGCGCAGGGCCAGCUCUGGCGUCCGGAAGUGGCCGGUGUUCCCCGCGCCCGACCGGUGUUCUGGUUGCGCCGGGCGCUGCUCCUCCGUAUCCUUUAACACGGGCCAGCCCUUUGUGUGGCUGCCCCUUGGGGCCUUCUCCUUAAGGUAUUUUUGGAGUUAAUGGAGUCAGAAGGACCCGUGGAGUCAGAGAGUUCAGAAAACUCAGCAUUUUUCUCACAGCAAGAAGAAGAAGAUGUUGAAGAAGAAGACGACACCAAAGCACCAGAGGGAACAGGUACCGUCAAUCCCUUUGUACGGCUGGCUCUCUCCGGGGAUGUAGAAGGCUUGCAGAAGAUCUUUGAGGACCGUGAGAACCUUCAUCGUGAGCAGGCCAUGCAGCUACUCUUGGAAGAAGACAUCAUUGGGAGAAAUUUGUUGUAUGCGGCUUGCAUGGCUGGGCAAAGUGAUGUGAUCAGAGCUUUGGCUAAAUAUGGUGUAAAUCUGAAUGAGAAAACCACUAGAGGUUAUACACUCUUGCACUGUGCUGCAGCCUGGGGUCGCUUACAAAUUCUGAAGACACUCGUGGAAUUAGAUGUUGAUAUAGAAGCUCUGAACUUCCGGCAAGAAAGAGCUCGAGAUGUUGCUGCUCGGUAUUCCCAGAGUGAGUGUAUUGAAUUCCUGGACUGGGCAGAGGCAAGGCUGGCUCUGAAAAAAUAUAUUGCAAAGGCCUCUGCACUUGUUACAGACACAGAAAGGACACCAGGGAAGCUCUUUAAGGAGGACAAGAAUAUCAUUCUCAAUGCAUGCCGUAUAAAAAACGAGUGGUUGGAAACCCAUGUGGAAGCUUCCGUUAAUGAGCUUUCUCAGCAGAAACAACAAUUAGAAGAUAUUGUAACUCCUAUCUUGACAAAAAUGGCUACACCUCGUCAAGCAAAAAGUGCCAAAUCUGUAGCCUGAGCCACGGUCAGAAAAGAAGUCAAGAUCAUACAGUCUACUGAACAUACAUUUUAUAGAAGCCCACACUUUCUUGUAGUAUAUGUAAAGGCAAACCUAUUCAUGCAAUUAAAGUUAAAAAAUUAGAUGUCGGGUUUUAUAAAAUGUUUAAUGUGAAAUUAAAUCAGCCUUGUUUUGUUUUACCCUAUUCAGCAUGCUCAUGUCCAGACUUGCUGGCCUGUGUCUGCUCCACAAGCCCAUUCUCAUGUGAGUUCUGCAUGCUCUUUCCAGAGAGCACUUGGGUAUAAAUCACUCACAAAGAUUAUAUGGAAACUUUGAAGUUUAUUUAGGGAAUCUAACCAUUUUUCUGUGUAACUGAGGCAGGAAAUUCAAGACAUUCAACUGAGGAAUUCUGUUUAAAAAAAAAAGACAUUGGCUAUUUCCAGAGGAAAACUUUGUUCUUCCUCUCUCAGAAGGAAAGCUAUGGGAUGAUAUUCUAUAGCAAAGAAAUAUUAAUAAUGGUUUGGAUCAGGGUCCUCUGUUUAUACAACUAUUUAUGUCCAAAUUAAAAUCCACCUGUAACUUAGUGAACUUUAUUUCUUUAUCUUUAACUGCCUUCUGUCUUUAAAUUAAUAAAAAUCUGUUUAGUUUUGUAUUUAGAUUUCCCCUUUUCUAUAGGUUUGGCAAUAUAGAUAUUAUAACCAGAUUUCCUGCCAUUUUUCCUUUGGUUCUGUUUUGUAUUUUCUAGGUUUUAAGUACUAUUGUUAGUUUCAUAUGUGUGAUUUGGAAUUUAAAAAAAUUCUUUUUAUUAAGGUAUUAUUGAUAUACACUCUUAUGAAGGUUUCACAUGAAAAAACAAUGUGGUUACUACAUUUACCCAUGUUAUCAAGUCCCCCCCCCAUGCCCCAUUGCAGUCACUGUCCAUCAGUGUGGUAAGAUGCCACAGAUUGUAAUUUGGAAUUUUUUUUCUCAUCUAUGUAAAAGCCCCUGAACCUUCUAUUCCUAUGCGACUUUCUGGAAAAGUUUCAUAGAAGAAAAUGUUUAAAAAAAAUCCCACAUUUAUUUGUUGUUUUUACAACUUUCUCGUCUUUGUCCCACCCUGAAAGCUAGUUUCUUCAUUAUAGAAGAGAAGUAAAUGAACAAUUCAGUAAUUCCUUCUCAGUUGACAUUUUUUCAACCACAGUUUUGUGAUAACCCUCCAAUUGAAAUUCGUCUCACAAAUUUUAAAAUAUUAUCUUUUUUAUGUAUGAGCAAUUCUAUUUCAGUUGCCUUAAGCAAAAGAACAGUGUAGUAACUUUCCCUCCCCUCUGGUCGGCCCAGUGGGUGUUUCUGGAGUAGUACAAAGAUCUGUGUUUGCAACAUUCUCUUAAUACUGUGUGUCGUAAAAAAGUACAUUAGCUGUAAGCACUGAAAUAAUUUGGGAAAAGACCAGGCACUAUUUUGUUGUUUCUACUCUAAUUUUACGUGUUUCUGAGGCUUGAUCUUGAAUAUAAUAACAUUACUUUUCAGGCAU